CCCUUGAAUGAGUAGGUGUGUCCAAACUUUUGACUGGUAGUGUAUGUCACGCCAUUGAUUUAUAAGACAGAAACUAACAUGUCUUUCACAGUGCCCACCAAAGAUGCUUUAUCCAGCAUGUAUGAAAUGGGAUGGAUACCUCUCUAUUUUAUACUGAAUGUACAAUGUAAGACCAUCUCUCUCGAUGGUAAUAGAUGUGCAAUUUAUAGUUUUGAUACAAUACAGCUUGUGGUGUGUACCACUGAGUAACCUAUACACGUGCAUAGAAACCAAAGAUUCAUGCUAAAGUAGACAUACAGUGCCUAUAGAAAGUUUAUACCCCCAUGACAUUUUUUAUCGCAUUUUGUUGCGUUACAAAGUAGGAUUGUAAUAGAUGUAAUUGUAAUUUUUUUGCCAUCGAUCUACACAAAGAUACUCCAUAAUGUCAAAGUGAAAAGAACAUUCUAAAAAUGUUAACAAAUUAAUACAAAUUAAAUAACAAAAAUAUAGUUGUUGUAUAAGUAUUCACCCCUUUUAUUUAGGUAAACUUAAAUUGACAAUUAAAUCAAUUUUAAUCUCACUUUGUAACGUAACAAAAUGUGAAAAAAAGUUCAAGGGGGUGUAGACUUUCUAUAGGCCCUGUAUAUUUCAAUACUGUCAUCUUAUUCUUUUUGUGUUAAAUCUUUAUUAUUUCAAUAUGUGCCAGGGAAAUAGUGGGUGAAAUGGUUCUUGUUAGGAUAGUUAUAGGUUAUCUGUUAACUGAAGUUGUAGAGGGUGUAGAGAUUGAACUAAUAUUGUGUACUUUAAGAUGUUUAAUUUAAAGGAAUUUCUAUAUUGACUGAAAUUCAAGUUGUUUCCCAUGAUCCACAUGAAAUUGUGAUUUAAAAAAAGUAUAUAAUAUCCCUAUCGUAUGCUCUGUUCUACGUAUGAACUUAACUCUUUGAAAUGUUUAAAAGAUAAUAUAUACAUGUAAAUCAAAAUACUUCUCUGUCAGGUUUUCCUUAACCUUUUAUGUUUGUCAGCAAAAUUAAUAUAUUAAUUUAAUUACCAAUUUGCAAAGCUGGUGCCAAUCAAUACCUUACCAUGUGCAUGUGUUAAUAUGAAAUUGAAUGAGGACAAUACAUCAAGCCAUUGCCGAUCACAUGGGCAUGAAUGUAUACUGUAUAAACAUGCAUAUUGUACACGAAUAGCUGUAUCUGGAAGUGUAUGUAGUACUAAAAAUAGGCCUAGGCCUAUUACUUAUCUAAAAUAGGAUACUGUAAGUCAAAUGUAGCUCGUACAACAAAAAAGGAAUUUCCAACAAAAGCACUGAUAUGUUCAUGCAACUUUCCUCAAGUGCCUUUAAUGGCAUCCUCUGUCUGAAAGCACUUUGAAAAAAUCCAUAUAAAAGUAGAAGUCUAUGGACUUUUGUAUUUGGCCCCUAAAAUAGUAAGGAUUGUUUUGGAUUGUCUUGUGCCGACCUUUCUAUCAUUCUGGUCCUAUAUGGUCCUGUCUGCCAUGGACUCCUGUUGAGUUGUUUUUGUAGUUGCUUAUCCCAACACAGUUCAAGGUUAAAGCUUGUAUUCCAACUGUAUUUCUACAUGUUUUCCCACACUAGUCUAUUUCUGUCUUUUUUUUUUCUUUUUUUUUUACAUUUUCCUGAAAUAGACACCUACUCUGAAUGUCAGCUAUAGGAUUGGAUGUCCCUUUUAAUUGUUCAUGCAACUUUCAGUUUCGUUUCAUAUAAUUUGUUUUGUUCAUUGGAUGUAAAUGUAACUUUUUAUUUGUUAUUUUUCAUGAAGCGUCUACGUAAUUUACCAAAAAAUUGAAGCAUACAUACAUAAAAAUAAUAAUACUACCACGGUUAUAUGCUGUGUUGCAAUGAAACGCUCAAUGGUCAUUGUCUUGCUAUGUCCAGUAGAUGGCGCACUUUAACCUGUGCAGAGCUUGACUUGAGAGAUGUUGUGAACUAUAGUCCACUGUUUUCUUGUAGCCUACCAGGAGGGCAGUUCAUUUUCCAAAUUUUUUUCUAGGCGGUUGUCUAUAUUGGAGGGAAAUGGCAAAGUUACCGAUUCAUCAAUUAGAUGGCGUCGUAUUUGACAUUGGCCAUAAUUUCACUUAGAUAAUGUGUUCUGUUAUGUGAUGAUCGAGACAUUUGUUUCUCAAUGUAUUUUACUGUAGGCAUACACUUCUUAAAACCCACAAAGGUUAGCCUAAUUGUACAACGCCGAUAUUGUAGAGGGCGAAUCUCAAUCAUAACUCCCCCCACUAGAAAGCAUAUUGAAAUCUCUGGCUUCCUCUAUUAGUGUCAACUCAUUAAAGCUAUUGUUAGCUAAUUAUUGGGGUGUUAAUGAACGAUCUACUGUCACAUUGGCAUUAGAAGCGGCCGACCUGCAGAAGGAUGUAGGGAUGUGUGUUGGGGGAAUAGACCAUUUAAAGGCAAAGUAUUAAUGAGGAAGUAGUUCUGUCUGCGCAUUACGUUUCAGCGCGCGUAGCAUGUUCCUCCAAAGCUCUCCAUAUUGUAGAAUCAUUGGACGGGUUAUCUAUGUCUAUCGAAAUAGCUGGCUUUCGAUUCAAUACAAUAGAGCCUAGCAAUGUGUAUUUGGCCUUGGGAACAGUUCAAUCAAAUGUUGGCCCCUGCCUGAAUGUAAUUGUUCAAAGCAGUGCUAAAAUGUGUUGCUUAUAGCCUACUUGAAUCAUGUAGGUAUAUACUUGGUUAGGAAAGCAUUGUUCUAUAAAGCAUAAUUACUAUCAUUACAGACAGCCAUGUGUUAUCCCAUUGAAUGUGGUAAUCGACCUGACAACGUUUUGCAAAUAGGCGCAAAUCGUUGGAAGUGUUAAGACCAAUAGGCCAAUUCGGGAUCAUGCUUUGCUAUAGUCCUCAUGGUAUUACUGUGAAAUCAAAAGAUCACUAAAUAAACGAAUUAGGUUGUUUUGAAACUUUUUAUUAAUUAUGUUGUUUUUCAUACAUUCAAAUUUUUUUUUUACCAAAGUGUCCCGGAGUAAGCUAUUUCUGCGUAUUGCGCUGAACGCGACGUCUCCUUCCUGCGUAUUUCCUUAGCGCUUUUCUCAGUUAAUCCUGUCGACCACCUAUGCGCAUCAUUACAGCUCCAUUCAUUGGCAAGUAGGAAAUGCAUUGACAUCCAGAUUUUACUGUCUGCGCUUGACAACGAGGUGUGUAUUCUGUAUCAGGCCAAGGAUAGACCAACAUUACACAUUGGAUUAGGUCUACAUUAUUUAUUGUUUUUCAUUUUUUCAUUUUGCCAAUAUAUUCAUCACUUAAUUUACCUUAAAAUGUAAGCCUGUAUUGCACACGUAUAAUUCAAUGUUUCGUCCAUGUGGCGUUCAAUUGGACUAAAACUGUGCAGGUCUAUAACGAGGAAGAUUGUAGGCUAUGGGAGUUGGGAACCAACGUGUUUCUGAGAAGUCAAGUUCCCAAGCCGUUAGCGCUCCAGAGAAGUGAUAGUCGGGGGAAUUAACACCUCUCACACUGGUCAGUCACAUCAGGCUCCCCUAUCAGACCUCCCACUGAUGAGCUUAACCCGUGAGAAGGUUAUACCCCUGACCACAUCAAGACCUCAUCAAGGCCUGCAAUAAUCCUUCUUCAUUUCAGAUCUUGACCUAUUGAGCUGAUAUUUUCUUUGGUCAAGUGUUUUAAAAUGAGAGCCAAAUAAAGGUCUUUAAUUUCCAUUGAGUUACAGAUUGAUCAUCAGUUUGACUGCGAAUUGAAGUCAAUCGGAAGACGACUCAGUUUGAAGCAAUAUUUUUUUUUAAGAAGAAAAAAGCAAUAUAAAUUCAUAUUCUAAUAAUUGAAAGCCAUAAAUGAGUUUUGUGGUUAUAAUUGUGGUGUAAAAUAAAUGAUGAAAAUAGCCUACAAUCAGUGGCAUGUCUGCAUCCAGAGACGGUUAAGCAGCAGUUUGUAGACAAGAAGUGGAGGAUGCAUGCUGCAAUAGAGAUGGAUGUGUCUGUCCCGUGCCAAUAUACACCCUCACCAGGGGGCAAGAGAGGUCUUUUUACGAUAUUCAAAUUGCCUUGGACAAUAUUCAAAUUCGCUUAUGGGGCGGGACCUUACCUGAGUUUUUAAGAAGGCACGUCCAACUUUUACUGUACUUGCCCAUAGCACAUUGACUCACUCACACGGACCGGGGCUUGCACGGGAGCAUUCUGCGGACUUCAUACGGAUCUAGCGUUCCCCAAAGAGCAAGUCUGCUUUAGAUAAAUAACCUGUUACUCUUGAUUAUGAAACGAUGGAUGAUUGAUAAAUCGACGAAUAAAUAUUGACAUUUCACUAAAGACCCACUCAUAGCCCGAGGAAGAUUUAUUUUUAUUUUUGUCAGUUCUUGUUUAUUUUUUUUAUUAUAGUCUUCUAUCUAGUCAGCGGAACUCUUUCGUUAUCUUGGAUUUUAAUUUUACCCCUUUUGCUGGAGUCCUGAAUUUUGAGCAGACUCAAAGCUAUUAUACACUCAAACAAGGAUUUGCAGUCUUUCAUUCGCUCAAAUAUAUUUUCUUACUAUAAAAAGUUGAAUUUGGGAUGUUGAGCUCAGUGAAGAUGGAGUCUCAUGAACUGCCAGAGUGGAAUGCCUUCUACAGCGAAGCCAGUGAGAUGUAUUCCUCUCCCAGUGCCAUGAAUUCAAUGAGCUCAAUGAGCACCAUCAACAGCUACAUCAACCUGAACCCAGCUGGUUCUCCAGCCACCAUGAACAUGGGCUAUGGCAGCUCUGGGCUCAACAGUCAACUGGCCUCCAUGGGCGUAGGGGCCAACCAUAUGAACCUGUCCCCAGUGACUUCAUCCCUCAACCACAGCUCUCUCUCCCAGCUGGGCUCCCCAGCCCCUUCCCUGGGCUCCCUCUCCCACUACCAGAACAUGGGCCAGCCCAUGAGCCAGCUGAGCUACCCCUCUCCCACCUCCCUCAACCGGGCCAAGGAGGUGCCCAAGCCCUACCGCCGAUCACUGACCCAUGCCAAGCCGCCUUACUCCUACAUCUCCCUCAUCACCAUGGCCAUCCAGCAGUCCGGCAGCAAGAUGCUCACCCUCAAUGAGAUUUACCAGUGGAUCAUGGACCUGUUCCCCUACUACCGCGAGAACCAGCAGCGCUGGCAGAACUCCAUCCGCCACUCGCUGUCCUUCAACGACUGCUUCGUCAAGGUGGCCCGCUCGCCCGACAAGCCCGGCAAGGGCUCCUACUGGGCCCUGCACCCCAACUCAGGCAACAUGUUUGAGAAUGGCUGCUACCUGCGCCGCCAGAAGCGCUUCAAGAUCGAUCAAGAGAAGGCUGCGAAGAAGUCUGGCAAGUCCCAGGAGGGAGGCUCGGGGAAGGGGGGCCAUGGAGACAGCCUGCUGGAGGAGCACAGCCCAGCGGGGGGCUCGGAGGGGGCUGACUCGGCCCACUCUGACAACUCCCACCCUGGUUCCUCCUCAGAGGAGCAGCAGCAGAGGAGCAUGGUCCAGCUGGACUGCCCCACACAGCCCCAGUCCCACAUCCAGAGCACCCCGGUGGCAAUCCCCUCCUCCGUGCCCUCCUCCAUCUCCUCCUCCGCCCCUCUCCUCCACUCCCAGGUCAUGGGAGGCAGCCCUCACCUCCACCCCAGCGCCAUGCAUAAUCUGGACCUGCAGAGCGACCCUCUCAAGGCCAUGGAUCCCCACUACAACUUCAACCACCCCUUCUCCAUCACCAACCUCAUGUCCAACGAGCAGAAGAUGGAUCUGAAGACCUACCAGGACCAGGUGAUGGCCUACAACGGUUACGUCUCUUCCUCUCCGAUAGCAGCCAAGCAGAUCUACGACAGCGCGGGACCCUCGGCCAUGGACUCUGGGGCCUACUACCAAACCCUCUACAGCCGCUCGGUCCUCAAUGCCUCCUAACAUGGAGGCCCUCUGAACCACAGCCAAGUGGUGCUGACACAGACUUUUAGCAGCCUUGAAACCCCAAAAUGUAAGAUGGCUGCCAUUGAAGGGCUACUCACGAAGGGACCAAAGGGACCAAAUAACAUUUAGCAGUGCUGAAUACACAGUUGAUCAGCCAAACCCUGCAGUUACAUGAAGUAGAAGACAAAAGUAAAACCCAGUGCUGGAUAGACACCCAAUCAUCAGGUCUUUAAACUGAUCCAUUCCUAAAUUCACACAGAAGGCCUUCCCCUCCUUUGCCAUUUUUUUGGUCUUUUUUUUAGACUACUUCAAACUGGGUUUUGGUUUGUUCAACAGACAAGCAGGACUACUUGGGUUGUACACAUUGUAAAUAGAUGGAGUGGGGGAGAGGACGUGCAUUUAUUUAUGAAGGGAAGAAAAUUAAUAUAUCUUGUACAGUGCUGUAUUGACAAGUUACAAAACAAAUGUGACAUGAAACAAUUUGAGGGAUUGUGGGAGUGAGAAAAGGUUCAGGUUACUGCUUCGAGCAGUUGUUACUGCAUUACAGGGGAUUCUUGUUGUAUUUUACAACAUGAUGCUUCAUUCCUAUUUUUAAUAUGCUGUUUUAAUCUCUUCAAAUACAUAUCCAUAAACACACAUGUAGCUGCCAUGGUUCAUUUUCACAAGUGGUGGAAGACUGUUGUUUUUACUGAUAAGAGAGACAUUUCUUGUAUUAUUUUACCAGGUAUCCAUUUAAAGAAAAAAUGAAGUCUGUUUAAAAAGGGAUGAAACUGUGGUAAAUAUAAUUUCAGCUUUGUUUGUCUGUUUUAAAACAUGCUUUUUCUGAGGACCCUUUUAUUAUCAAUGAUGAGAGCCUGCUGUUCCACAGCUCUUCAUGGCAUAGGAUAUUUUGGAAUUGCUUCACAUUAUAUUACACACCAUACCAAGGGUUAGGAGGGAGAGGAGCUAUGGUAUGUCAGUGACUAAGAUAGGAGUUGAAUGGAAAUGCACUAAGAGGACCAUUUACAUACAGUACUUUGCACGAGAGUUCCCACCAUUUUUGCACAGCUGGGGUGGCCCUGAUAGUGUGUGUUACAACAAUGCUAUGUAAUGACCUUUUUUAAUGCAAAUGGCAAACUAGAAUUGGAUCACUGUAACAAUGUCAACGCAACAUUGAGCUUUAUGUUGCAACCCUCAUCCUCAAAGUGCCUUUCAAGAUGUUCUGAUAAUGGAGGACCAAUAACUGAACGUUCACUGAAGGAAGACUUUUUGAAAGAUAAACCAUGAGUUUCAGGUCAGAAAUACUGUUCUUAUUUCUUGUAUUUGAGUUUAAAAAAUACUUGUUAUUUAAGCUAUGUUGCUUUUCAGACUUGGAAAAGUAUGUUAAUGUAUAUAUUGUAAGGUUCUUGUUUAUGGUUUGAAUGUUGGGAUUUGAAUGAUUCAUGUUUUUCUUAUUAUAAAGCAAAACCUUGGGGAGAAACACGAUUGUUGUCUGUUCCGUUGAAAUAAAUAUAUAUGUGAAAUUA